UGUACCUGCGGGCCGCUGCAGUGCAGAAGAAGCAGCAAGUGUAUGUUUUGCUGCGGUUCAAACUGAUCAGGACAGUCGUUCCUCCAGCGGACCGCUCUGCGCCCAUUUUGAUGCCGGCCUCUGACGUCCGUUAGCCGGAUCUCAGCCACGGUCCUCCCGGCCUCUGUCCUCUGACCCUCUGAUGGCUUCCAGGCGGCCUGACAGCUUCGACGGGCUCGGCUACCGGGGCCGUGACGACCCGCUGUACGGAGCCAGUUACCCGGUUCGGAGUGCCGGAGCCUCCGCCGAGCUGCACCACCACUGGGUCACCACGCCGCCCGACAUUCCCGGCAGCCGCAACCUGCAUCCCGGAGAGCGGACGCCGUUGCACGACGAGCCGCUGGGAGAGCCCGGAGGUCCCGGAGACGUGCACGGAUGGGACGCUCCGCAGCCCGGACUCCCGCCUGCUGAGCAGCUCAACCGAUUCGCUGGCUUUGGAAUCGGACUGGUGAGUCUGUUCACGGAGAACGUUCUCUCUCAUCCUUGCAUCGUGUUCCGCAGACAGUGUCAGGUGAACUACCACGCCCACUGCUACCACCUGACUCCGUUCAGCGCCAUGGCCGUCAUGUACUCCAUCAGCAAGGCUCAGGGAGUGAAAGCUCUGUGGAAGGGGAUGGGCAGCACCUUCAUCGUUCACGGCAUCACGCUGGGAGCCGAAGGCAUCAUCAGCGAGUUCACACCGUUACCACGUGAACUUCCUCAUCGUUGGGGCUGUAAGCAACUCGCUGGACAUUUACUGCUCAAAGGGUUGACGGCAGUGGUUGCUCUUCCGUUUUAUUGUGCCAGCCUCAUAGAGACAGUCCAGAGUGAUAUCGUUAGAGAUGAGUCAUCAUCGGGGCUGCUGGAUUGCGUCCGUGAAGGCGUGGCUCGUCUCCUGGGGGUCGGCGCUCCUCACAGCCACCGCCUGCUUCCUCUGGGCUUCCUGCUGCUUCCCGCCGCACUGCACGCCGUGCUGCGCUACGUCAUCGCCACCUCUGUCCAGCGGGUGGCGCUGUGGCUGCACCAGAGGGGCAGAAAGCAGCGGGCCGACCCAUCCAACCCACUGGACGCCUACUUCCCCGAGCUGGCGGCGGCGUGGGCGGGGUCUCUGGUGGCCGACGUGGCGGUGUUUCCCCUGGAGACGGCGCUGCACCGCCUCGGCCUGCAGGGGACGCGCACCAUCAUUGAUGCCACUGAUGGCACCGUGGCCGUGGGCAACGGCGGCAGCCCGCUGGUUCUGCCCGUCAACACGCAGUACGACGGCUUCUCCGACUGCCUGCACGCCAUCCGCCGUAAAGAGGGCGGAGCCAGCUUCUACCGCGGCUUCGGGGCGCUGGCGGCGCAAUAUGCGCUGCACGGGGCGCUGCUGGCCGCCGCCAGGACGCUGCUCAGACUGCUGCUGCUGGACACCAAGGCCUAGAGGCAUUACCGCGGAGACGCAGCGUUACCGUGGCGACCCUUCACCGUUUAACAAGAAGAAACCAAAUAAACACAGAGGAUUUACUGUCGUCUGAUUGGAUGAAAAGCUGCUGGUUGGGAAGUGAUGGUGUGACCAUUUCCAUGGAAACCCGUUUGUCUUACAGACUGUUCACAGAUCACCCAAUCACCUAGCAACAGAACGUCACCUAGCAACCACUGAACAGCACCACAGGGCUUAGCCUAGUUUAGCAUAAUAGUCGUAGUGGUCAUUUGUCGCCCUGGAAAACUGACAUCACUUCCUUUACCAGCAUGAACCUGGAAACACCCUUUUACAGACAGCUGAUUGGUCGGCUCCAGCUGCUGCUCAUUCAUGUCUGUCAAUGUAAACAAACAUGUCAGCAAACAUAUAAACAAACACGACAGCAAACAUGUCAGCAAACAAACAAACACGUCAGUAAACGUAUAAACAAACACGUCAACAAACACUUCAACAUGUCAGCAAACACGUAAACAAACAUGUCAGCAAACAUAUAAACAAACAAAAACACUUCAACAUCCCCAGAAAAUGUCCCCAGCGUUUCUUUGUAUAAAUCUGUAUAAAUCCAACAGUUCUCUGUAUUAAAUUGUAGAUUUAGAUUAAAUUAUCUGUGAUUCAUGAAAAUCAGUAAAAUCAUCUGAAGAGGUUUGAUCGUCUGAAAAUAAAUAAAAGUGAUCAAAUGUGUUUUUCAGGUGAAUCGUUCUGUCUCUUCUGUAAAUCAGUUUUCUUGUUGAAUAAAUAGUUUUUGUGACGACAGAA